CCGAUCCAACCACCAAACCCACGAACCCCAUUGCAUCUGGGAAUCCCUGCAUCUGCUCCCUCCCACCGGCGCACCACCGCGGUAACCACCAGCACCGCCCCUGUCCCCACACUACCGCGGCCACCUCCUUCCUCCCUUCUUCCUCUCCCACCAGCUCCCAGGCCCCGCCGUACCACCUUCUUCCUCCGGCAACGCCACUCGGGACCCGCCCCACCAUCUCCUUCCUCCGGCGCCACCACUCGGGAUCCGCCCCACUGCCUUCUUCCUUUGAUGGCCCCGCUGGUGCCAUGGAUCCCCCGGUGCAGCAGUCGUCCCCCUCUCCUCCAUCUCCCACCUAUAGGUCUACCCGGCAACGGAUCCGGUAGGACCCUCCUCCACCCCUCCUAUCGUGCCUGCCCGGCGACGGAUCCGGCGGGAUCCACCUCCAUCUCCGUCCUCCCGUGCCUGCCCGGCGACGGAUCCGGCAGGACCCUCCUCCACCCCCUCCUAUUGUGCCUGAACAAUGACAGAUCCGACGGGAUCCUCCUCCACAUCCGUCCCCCGUGCCUGCCCGCCGGUUGGAUCCUCCUACACCUCCCAUUGCCGUGCUAGCCGGUCACGGAUCCGGCAAGAUCCUCCACCCCUCUCCUCCCAUGCCUUCCUGGAGAUGGAUACGGCAGGAUCCUGCUGCAGCUCCUUCCUCUACGGCGGCGUCGAGCUCUCUGCCCUCCCGUACGAGCCGCCCGCCCCUCUCUCCUUUCCUUCUUCCUCCUCUCCCCGGAAACUACCUCCGGCGAGGUCUAGUGCAUGUCCAUCCUCGGCGGCUCGCGUGCAGUUCGCCCAACAAUGGCGUGCAGUACGACGUACGAUGGCAUGCAGUUCCGCGACCUUCCCUGGCGUGCAGUGCCACCAGCGUGCAGUGCAGCUUGCCCCGGCGUGCAGUGCAGCUCGCCCUGGCGUGCAGUGUAGCCCGUCCAUGCAUGCGGGCACCCUCACCUGCAACUCUACGCUUACGGAUUCCCUUGUGGCAGCUGCUGGGAUUAUCGCCCAAGAAGUUGCUGGUGAUGUUCGCAUGACUGAUACCAGCAUCUGGCAAGGGUAGUUUCUUUGCCUUUGGACGUGUUUUUUCUGGGAGGGUUGCAACUGGUAUGAAGGUCCGUAUCAUGGGUCCUAACUUUGUUCCUGGCCAGAAGAAGGAUUUGUAUGUGAAGAGUGUCCAACGUACUGUUAUCUGGAUGGUAAAGAAGCAAGAAUCGGUUGAGGAUGUUCCCUGUGGUAACACUGUUGCUUUGGUUGGUUUGGAUCAGUUCAUCACCAAGAAAUGCAACCCUGACAAAUGAGAAGGAAGUUGAUCCCUGCCCAAUCAGGGCAAUGAAGUUCUCUGUGUCCCCUGUUGUGCGUGUUGCUGUUCAGUGCAAGGUGGCUUCUGAUCUUCCUAAGCUUGUUGAGGGUUUGAAGCGGCUAGCAAAGUCUGACCCUAUGGUUCUUUGUAGCAUUGAAGAUUCUGGUGAGCAUAUCAUUGCUGGAGCUGGAGAGCUUCACCUUGAAAUCUGUUUGAAGGAUCUGCAGGAGGAUUUCAUGGGUGGUGCUGAAAUUAUUGUUUCACCUCCUGUUGUCUCCUUCUGUAGAUAACUAAAAAGAAUGAUGGCCAAAAAAACUGCAGUACACUUUUUAUGUGUGUGGGAGUUUGCUUUGAACUCUCUGGAAGCUCACUCAGGCUCAAGAACAAACGCACGUAUCACAUGCCUUGUUUAAGAAUCAUAGCAAAAAGCAGUACAGUCAAACCUGCAUGCAGUUACUUGGUCG